AUGGCUGUUAUAAUAUUCACUCUGGGUCCAGAAGGAGGCCUAAUGAAGACUCGAUCUUUGUGUGGAGCGUUGUCGGCUAUUGCGCCACCACGAUGCGGUGUCGAUGGUCGUGUUAUCCUUCAGUUUUUCAACGGUUGUUUGACGAGCAAGAACGCCACACUAGCAUUGGAGACAUAUUUCAAGUAUAAGGAGGAAAAGAUGCCGACUGCUGAUCCUGCCAUGAACCUCCAAGUUGGUUAUGGACAAGGUGAUCAAAGUGCUGGCCAUGAAAGAGCAGUGGGAAGAUAUAUGCAACAUCUAUACGGUGGAUAUGCAGCCAUCUGGACUGUCACCGGAUACAAUUGUUUGUUGGAUGCAGCUGUUCAGUGUGACGAUAUGGAUGUGGUUGGCAAAGUCUUUGAGGAGAUGAAGGAUGCCGGCAGACUAGACGUGGUAUCGUUCAAUACGGUCAUGAAGGGUCAUCUCAAGCAGGGCAAUAUGAGGCAAGCUAGAAAAACGAUGCGUGAGAUGCAGGAGGCGGGUUUUCCACCCAAUGUUAUAACGUACAACGAGCUACUGCAUAGCAUGGUCCAGGGCAAGGAUAAGAGGGGCAUUUGGGAGGUCGUCGAGGAGAUGAAGGCAAACGGUCUGCCUCCGAAUAAAGUGACAUGUUCUAUAUUGCUCAAGGCGUUGACCAGCCAUUCCCAUUCCUCUGAUGUGGUGAGAACCAUGGAGUUAGUGGAGAGAAUGCGUGGGGAGAUGGAUGAAGUACUGUUCUCAUCAGUCAUUGAGGCAUGCAUCCGGAUUGGAAAAUUGGACAUACUCUCGAAUAAGCUCCAACAGUAUACGGCUGGAGGAGGCCUGGUGAAGGGCCUUACAGCGCCGACAUAUGGGAGUAUGAUCAAGGCGUAUGGGCACGCUAAGGAUCUAAGGAGGGUCUGGUCGCUGUGGUCGGAGAUGCGUCAAAGGGCUGUUAAACCGACAGCAAUAACGUUGGGAUGUAUGGUUGAUGCUCUGGUCACGAAUCGCUACCCAGAAGAUGCGCUAUCAUUAAUUCAUGAAAUGCUCAAUACACCAGAUUGCGCUGAUUGUGUGAAUACUAUCGUGUACUCAACGGUGCUCAAGGGGUUCGCCCUUUCUAAACAAGUAGAUAGAGUUUUUGAUAUAUACCAGGAAAUGAGGAGUAAUAAGAUUCCCCUUAAUACAGUCUCCUUCAAUACGAUCAUGGACGCCUGUGCUCGGAGCGGUUCGAUGGAGCGGGUUUCGGAUAUAUUUCGAGAAAUGGACGAGCAAGGAAUCGAACCUGAUAUCAUCACUUACAGCACUGUAGUGAAAGGUUACUGCUUGGCUGGGGACGUUGAUACGGCCUUCUCAGUGUUGAGGGAUAUGUCGGGCGUCAGUCGUCGUGGCGGUCGUAAGAAAUUCGCCCCUGAUGAGAUCAUGUACAACUCUCUGUUGGAUGGGUGCGCUAAGCAGCAUCGCGUUGAUCAAGCAUUGCAGUUGCUUGAUGAGAUGCGGGCGAAUGGAGUUGCACCAAGUAACUAUACUCUGUCGAUUUUGGUGAAGUUACUGGGCAGAGCACGGAGGCUGUUGGAGGCUUUCAAUAUGGUUGAGGAUCUCUCCACAGCUUACGGCUUCCGAGCCAACGUCCACGUGUACACGUGUUUGAUACAGGCGUGUGUGCAUAACAAACAGCUACAGAGGGCUAUGAAAUUACAUGACGCGAUGAUCCAGGAAUACCGGGUUGAUCCGGAUCAGAAGACGUACGCGGUAUUGGCACGUGGGUGUAUCUACUCCAAUCAGUUGGAGAUGGCGGCGAAAGUUGUCCGAUGUGCAUAUGGCUUGCCGAGCCCGCAUGGCUUAGCCGUAUGCAGGAGGCCGCCUGGUAUGGAAGCGCGUGUGACAGACGAGAUUCUAAACCAAAUCGCCCAACGUGGUGGAAGGCCAGCUGCGUCUCAGCUUGCUGCUCCUCUGCUUAGUGAGCUCAGGAGUUACUGUGGUGUCAGAAUCUCCGAUGAUACCGUGGGCGUCGUCAUGGGUGGUACGGCUCGACAUGGGUAUCCAACAAGACGGGACAUCCCCCUAGGCUAUUGUCAUC